CGUUUUUUUUCAUUCAGUAUGUUCUUUCCUUUCUCUAUAAAGAAAAUAAGAAGCAUUGGAGUAGCGGUCAGUGAUGAGAUUGAAUAACGCAGAGAAAGAGAAGGACGAACGGAUAGAUGACUGAAUUCGUCUACCCUUGUUAAUAUCGAUUUAUGUAUCAGAUGGCGGUUUGUAUAGACUGGUGACAAUGGUGUCUUCCAAGGUCCCUUCUAUUGAUGUACUUUUUCUUUUAGUUAUUCGAUUUCUGGAAACAUCCUCGCUGUCGGCAAUAUUUCCAGAGAAUGUUUUUACGGUUGGACGAUUGGCGUAUAGGCGAUUAUUACUGGAUCCUCAAUCUGCAUCCCUUUAUGUGGGCGCAAAUGGGCACUUAUUUCGAUUGUGGGCAUAUAAUAUCAAUGUAACUGCAUCCACCGAUGGCCUGUAUGCUCACGUAGAACUCCCGGUUUCCCCAUCCGAUGCUGAAGAGUGCCGUCGCGCCGGCCAUGCGGAGUGUAUCAAUGGAGUACGACUUAUGUUCCUGAAGGAAGGUCAUCAGACAUUGCUGGUUUGUUCCUCGAAUGCUAUGAAACCGCAGCUACGUGAAUUGGAUGCGUUGUCGCUACAAGAACGUUCCUCUCCCGAAAAUGUUAUCGGUGUUUGUUCAGCUCACGUAGAUCUCAAUACAACGGCGGUACUUGUCGAAUGGGGUAACCCGGAAGAUAUACCUGCUAUUUAUUCUGGUAUCAGGACAGGUCUUAUUCUCGACAACAAUCUUAUUUAUCGGCCGCCACUAGUCAAAAACAAUAAGGAAGUGUAUUCCUCGAUGCGAACCAUCUAUACAGAUUCGAAAUGGUUAUAUGAGCCGGACUUCGUGGCAUCAUUCAACAUUGACAAAUAUGUGUACUUCUUUUUCCGUGAAAUAGCGAUUGAGCGUGAGAACUGUGAACAUAUAGUGUUCUCUAGAGUUGCUCGUAUUUGUAAGAAAGAUGUUGGUGGGAAAAAUGUGCUGCGACAGGUCUGGACUACUUUUGUCAAAGCUCGUCUGAACUGUUCAACUUCUUCAAAGUUUCCUGUUUAUUUCAAUGAAUUGCAAUCACUGCAAAGUGUAGAUGGUAGAUCUGACAGUUUGUUCUACGCUACGUUCACAACACCUGAUAUCUCCUUUGGUGGUAGCGCUGUUUGCGUAUUUUCGUUAAACAGUAUUAGUCAGUUGUUCGAUCACGGAUAUUUUUUGGAGCAAACUUCAUCCGAUGAUGGUUGGAUCAUCACACCACCUGAAAAUGUUCCUGAACAUCGUCCUGGGACGUGUACAGCCAAUUCGGCAUCUGUCUCGGAUAGUAGUCUACAUUUUGCUCGAUCGCACUUAUUAAUGGCAGAUGCUGUAUCAACUGAUCGCCCAUUACUAGUAUUGCGUGAUGAACUGCUGACGCAUAUUGCUGUCGAUACAAUGGAAGAUGUCAACGUUAUUUUCGUUUAUUCGCAUAGUUCUCAAAAACUGCAUAAAAUAGCGCAUUGGUUUGAAGAAGCGGACAGGCAUUCAAAAUUGUUAGCUACGUAUAAUUUGCAAAAUACUGGAACUGUUUUUGCUAUGGCAUUAUUGCCGGGCGAAUUUGUCUAUUUAUCGGAUGAGGAUAACGUCGCUCAGUACUUCCUAGCCCAAUGCUCGCUUCAUACUACAUGUGCACAAUGUGCUGUUGACCCGUAUUGUUCAUGGAAUCCUGCUCGUGGAUUGUGUUAUAGACGUGAACAAUCUCACUUAUCGGUAGCUGGGUAA